AUGACACCUUUCUGUUCCAACUAUCAAAAGACAAUAAACCUGCCACACGAAGAGGUCUACUUUCAACCGUCAAUGGGAUUUAUGACCCCAUUAGCACCAGUGACCAUCUGUGGUAAACUCCUACUCAGGCAACUUAUAGCACAGACUCGAGACUGGGACGAGCCCCUCUCUGAGGAACUAACAUCUCUAUGGAAUUCUUGGAAGGAUACCUUAGACGCACUUGAAGCCCUGCGUAUUCCACGGACAUAUGUGACAAAUCUCAGCAAAGCAGUGACGAAAGAACUUCAUGUGUACAGUGACGCAUCUGAAAAGGCCAUAGCGGCUGUCAUUUAUUUGCGCACGACCGAUAGUGACGGACAGUGCAAAGUUGGAUUCGUGUUGGGUAAGGUUAAAGUUGCACCCAUGAGUGGACACACUAUCCCACGAUUGGAAUUGUGUGCAUCUGUGUUGGCAGUGGAGAUUGCACAGUGUGUUCUGAAUCACCUUGGCAUACAAAUAGACUCUAUGAAGUAUUACACUGACAGCAAAGUAGUCCUCGGCUACAUCUGUAAUGAGUCUAGGAGAUUCUAUAUCUAUGUUGCCAACAGAGUAGACCGCAUAAGGAAGUUUACAACUCCAAGCCAGUGGAAUUACGUGUCUACUGAUCAUAACCCUGCAGAUUUAGCAACGAGAUGUCUACCUGCACAUGAGCUUCAAGACAGCACUUGGUUACAAGGACCAAAACAACUUCUUGUUUUUAAACAGGAGGAACAAAAUGAGAAUGAACAUUCACUCAUUAAGCCAGAUGAAGAUAAAGAGAUUCGCCCUAUUGUUUCAGCAAUGAAAAUCUGCACUGCAGACGAAGAUGGUGGACAACCUUACACUCCAAUGACUCAACGAUUCCAGCGAUUUUCUGACUGGAGGAAACUUGUGUUGGCCAUGAACUUUCUCAGAUACAUGCUUUUCAAGUUUCAAGGCAAAGACGUUGAUUCUAACACAGUAACUGAAAGAUACCAAGACACAGAGCACUUUGUGAUCCGAAUGGUGCAGUCUGAGGUGUACUGUGACGAGAUUGACUGUAUAGGACGAGACGAGCUUCUACCUCGACGAAGCCCAAUAGCCAACCUUAAUCCAUUUUUAGAUGAUCAGGGACUUCUCCAUGUAGGAAAUCGGAUAGUCAACUCAAAAUUGACUUUGCGAGAGAAGAAACCCUUGAUUAUACCUGGACGCCAUCACAUAGCAACCUUACUGGUUCGACACUAUCAUGAGAAUAUCAAGCAGCACCAAGGGCGUCACUUCACCGAAGGAGCUAUUAGGGCUGCUGGACUUUGGAUAACAGGGGCCAAACGACUUGUCUCAUCGAUUAUUCAUAAAUGUAUCACGUGCAGAAAACUCAGAGGGAAGACGCAGUAUCAGAUCAUGGCUGAUCUACCUGCAGACCGCCUUGACCCAUCGCCACCUUUCACAAACGUAGCUGUAGAUGCAUUCGGACCUUGGGCUGUAGUUUCACGUAAGACUCGAGGAGGUAGUGCCAACUCCAAGCGCUGGGGAAUAUUGUUCACAUGCUUAACUACAAGGGCGGUUCAUAUUGAACUAGUUGAGGAAAUGAGUUCAUCUGCAUUUAUCAAUGCUGUCAGAAGAUUCACCGCCAUAAGGGGUCAGGUAAAGACUUUCCGUUCUGACCAAGGCACUAACUUUGUUGGGGCCGUAGAUGACUUGCGCAUUGAUGCCAUAUACGUCAACGAUGCACCCUUGAAGAAGUAUCUACACAAUUCUGGUACUGUAUGGAUCUUCAAUCCACCCCAUGCAUCCCACAUAGGUGGGGCAUGGGAAAGAAUGAUCGGUAUUACCCGGAAGAUCCUCAAUUCAAUGCUGACUGAUGCCAGUGGAAAGACCUUAACGCAUGAUGAGCUGAACACAUUUAUGGCGGAGGUCUGUGCAAUCAUUAAUUCAAGACCUCUUGUUCCGAUAUCCACUGACCCAGAUUCCCCAUGA